AAAAAAAUUUAUAAAUCAAGGAAGCCAUCAAAUAAAAAAAAUCUGAGUUCACGAAUGAGGUGCCUAUUUGGAAUACGCAACCAAAACAAGCACAAUCCCGAAGUAAUUGAACCUGUUGGAGAACCCUUUUUCUUAGGUGCUGAUAAUCGACCACCAUGUUCAUCAAGGGAAACAAUCAGUUAUCAUUCUGUCGUCUCAGUGAAAACGGUAAAAUGGAAUUAAAAGUGGAUCAUAGUUACUAUUAUCAAGUUCAGGGACAAAUGCGAAUUUCAAAACGAAAUUUUUGUUAUUUCGUCGUUUAUUCGGCAAGUUGGAUAGAAAUACAAAUAAUUACUUUCGAUGAUGCUUUCUGGCAAGACAAAAUGAUUGAAAAGUUAAAAAUAUUUUAUACAGAAUGCUUACUUCCAGAAAUAGUCAAUCCCCAGUACGGAAAGAGGCUGUUGAUAGACGACAUUUUAGAUCCUCAGCAUAUUUUGGAAAAUAUAAAAGCAAAACAGCAAAAACAGCAUAAGCAAAAUUACAUCAAUGAAAAAAAAAAUUGAAACUUUUUCUAAAUGUCGACUACAAUAAUUAGUAUACAAUGAUAUACCAUCAUACUUUAUAUAAUAUGUAAUUGUGACAAAUUCCGACUAUCAAAUUAUGAUAAUAGUCUGAAAAACUACUCUAAUAACUGUAAUUAUGUGAUAAUGUAAUUUGUUUUAUCAUAUUUUGAAUUACGUUCAAUCCGUUUAUAUAUUAAUUUACUAUCAAUAAAUAAAUAAAUAAAAUAUAA